AGUUGGAGAGCAGAGGAUGACCGAGGUCCCUUGGCCGGCUGUCCCCAAUGGGACGGACACAGCCUUCCUGGCUGGCCUGGGCUCCCCUUGGGGAAACAGUACGGUAGCCUCCACAGCAGCAGUCGCCUCUUCAUUCAGAUGUGCCCUGACCAAGACCGGCUUCCAGUUCUACUAUCUGCCGGCGGUCUACAUCUUAGUGUUCAUCAUAGGCUUCCUUGGCAACAGCGUGGCUAUCUGGAUGUUCGUUUUCCACAUGAAGCCUUGGAGCGGCAUCUCCGUGUACAUGUUCAACUUGGCUCUGGCCGACUUUUUGUACGUGCUCACCCUGCCAGCCCUCAUCUUCUACUACUUCAACAAGACUGACUGGAUCUUCGGGGAUGCUAUGUGCAAGCUGCAGAGAUUCAUCUUCCAUGUAAACCUCUACGGCAGCAUCUUGUUCCUCACCUGCAUCAGCGCACACAGGUACAGCGGCGUGGUGUACCCGCUCAAGUCUCUGGGCAGGCUCAAGAAGAAGAAUGCCAUUUAUGUCAGCGUGCUGGUGUGGCUCAUUGUGGUAGUGGCCAUCUCCCCCAUUCUUUUCUACUCUGGCACUGGGAUUCGGAAAAACAAAACCAUCACCUGCUAUGACACCACCUCCGAUGAGUACCUACGAAGUUAUUUCAUCUACAGUAUGUGCACAACAGUGGCCAUGUUCUGCAUCCCCUUGGUGCUGAUCUUGGGCUGUUAUGGAUUAAUUGUUAGAGCUUUGAUUUACAAAGACCUGGACAACUCUCCUCUCAGAAGGAAGUCCAUUUACCUGGUAAUAAUUGUCCUGACGGUGUUUGCUGUGUCUUACAUCCCUUUCCACGUGAUGAAAACAAUGAAUUUGCGGGCGCGGCUGGAUUUCCAGACCCCAGAAAUGUGUGCUUUCAAUGACAGGGUCUAUGCCACUUACCAGGUAACACGAGGUCUAGCAAGUCUCAACAGCUGUGUGGACCCCAUUCUUUAUUUCUUGGCGGGAGAUACAUUCAGAAGGAGAUUGUCCCGAGCCACCAGGAAAGCUUCCAGGAGGAGUGAGGCCAAUUUACAAUCCAAGAGUGAAGAAAUGACUCUCAAUAUUUUAUCUGAAUUCAAGCAGAAUGGAGACACAAGUUUGUGAAAGCCCAAGACCCAAACACCUCACUUUUGUAACAUGGUUGCUUUGAACUUAUAUUGAACUACAGGGAUAAAUUAAGAAGAAACUUAGCAUACAAGAGAGAAUUCAAAAUUAAAACCACCAUGUGGCCACUGAGAAGUUGUUGGAGUCCUGACACUUGAAGUCCAUUCUUCAUGAACAGAAAAGGUGAUGGGACAUCCAUUUGUUGACAUCAUGAGUGCUGUGGGAAAUCGUGAAAAGCAGACAGUGAGAACUGUAUGGAACCUUUUUCUGUGCUUCCUAGGACUCUUCCAUCUAGUCCUUGGAUAAAAUUCUCGGUGUUCACCAACUAUGGUAUGGACAGGUUGAAACCUGAAAAUCUCUGCUUACUCAGCCAGGAUACUAAACCAGCUUUUGAUAUGACAGAUACCAGUACUUAGCAACAGCUAGAAUUCAACUAGUGACAGGACUUAGACAAUAUGGUACUAGUAAAUAUGUAUUGGAGCAUUUCUUUUGCCGAUCGAAUGUAAUUAUUGUAAUAGUAUUUAUUGAUGAAGCUCACAGUCCUUCAGCUGUACAGGCUGUAAAACUUCCUUGAAGGUAUAAAAUACUGAUGUAAAUUCUAUUUAUUGCAAUGUAUAAUAUUCAAAUGUCACACUGGCAUAUUUUACAAUAAUAUAUAAUGCUAGAUAAAAUGACAACUAUAUUUAAGAUGUUUUUCAGAUAUUAAUAUCAAACAUUUAAGACUAGUUUGUGUUUGGAUAUAAAAAAAAAUCUGUUUUAUUAUGUGUUUAAUUUUCCCUGAAUUUAGAUUUGCAUGCUUUCCUUUUAUUUAGGGUUCUUGUUCUACAGACAUGAUUUGGUGUUAGAUUACUAUAAGAUUCAUAGCAAGUAUGGAAUUUGUUAGACAGGUUCUAUAUUGUGUACAUUAUAUAUAUUUAUAUUGUAGAAAGUUUGUGUUGUCUUUUCAGAAAGUUUAGAAUAUUGCCCUAACUAUGGUCAGGGCUUCCACUGCCAAAGGCUAGAGGUUUGUCUUUUAUUCAAAACUGAUGAUUUAGAAGUCCAGUAGGUUGGGCAUUAUAGAUAUAACAUACGGAUUUAAACACCAAUUUAGUGAAAUAGAGAGAAAAAAGUGCAGCUGAUAGAUUCUGCUAGAUCUGGAAGCUUUGUAUUGUAUUUUUUCUUAAGGUCACACAGUACAAUCUUAACUUCUUUGAAGUGGGGUUUUUAUGUAACACUACCAACAAGUUCAGCAUUGCCAUUGAUUUUAAUCUGUUUUCUUUGAGCAGAAACUUUAAUGCCAACAUUUUUAGUGAUAACUGUAUCAUUUGGCUGCUAAAUUCUGUCACAUUUUCUAAAUGAAGGUGAACUUAUGUUACAUAUCAAACUGUGUGCAUUUGAGUUGUGUUUUAGCGAUUUUGCAAGAAAAUUUUAUUUUUAUACUAUCUGUGAUUUUCAUGUAGAUGACUGAAGCAGAUUUCUUUGUGGAUAACAGUGCUAUCGAGUGGUAUGGAACAGUGUUACUUGACGUUUUGAACCUUCUCAGGUUUAUUUGCAUCAGUGGUAGCUUAACAAAAUUUGGAUUGAUUUCAUGUCAUUGUCUUUGUAAUAAAGGAGAGGUACACUCCUGUAAAAGCACAGUAUUGUUUGACUGUAGGAGGCUGCAGAAUCUCCCAUUACUAUGCUUUUGCGUGUUUGUGUAUGUGUGUGUGUGUGUGUGUGUGUGUGUGUUGUGUUCAAGGCAUGGCAGCCAACCUUGUAUCUGCUAUUUAUAGUAACAGCAGAGCUUCAUAAUUGUGGUCAUCAGAAUUAUACUUAUCAUAGACAAUUAAAACUGAGAAAGAUUCAAUAAAACUAUGAAAC